CUCCAAACCAAACCCACUUCUCAAAGUCCCAAAUGGCAACAAGAAACCUUCUUGUACCUUCGGCACUCUCUCGUACAACUAAUUCAAUAAAUUCCUGUUACGCCACCAACUCCCCUAAUCCUUCCAAUUCUAUGUUCAGUAGGCUGCUGUUUUCUUCUUCAAAAUUAUCCCAUUUUCGCCCUAAUUCGCCACUCAAGUUUCGUCCUAUUUUUCUCUUAUCAUCUGCUCUUAAUCCACCAAUCAGAGUCUUUGCCAUGGCUGGAAAAGAUCAGACCUUUACAACCUCAACUUCUCAUCAAAACAAGCACACCAAUCGUCUUGCUUCAGAACACAGUCCUUAUCUUCUUCAACAUGCUCAUAACCCUGUUAAUUGGUAUCCAUGGGGUGAGGAGGCCUUUGAACAAGCUCGACAAAGGGAUGUGCCAAUUUUCUUAUCAAUUGGAUACAGUACCUGCCACUGGUGUCAUGUAAUGGAGGUAGAAUCUUUCGAAGAUGAUGGGGUUGCUAAAUUACUUAACGACGGGUUUAUUAGUAUCAAAGUGGAUCGUGAAGAACGCCCGGAUGUAGAUAAGGUGUACAUGACCUAUGUCCAAGCUCUAUAUGGUAGUGGAGGGUGGCCAUUAAGUGUCUUUCUUUCUCCUGAUUUGAAGCCUUUGAUGGGUGGAACUUACUUCCCUCCUGAUGACAAAUAUGGAAGGCCAGGUUUCAAAACCAUACUCAGGAAAGUGGAAGAGGCUUGGGAGAGUAAAAGAGAAGUGCUUGUUAAAAGUGGUACAUUUGCUAUCGAACAAUUGUCAGAAGCAUUAUCUGCUACUGCAUUGUCUGACAAAUUGUCUGAAGGACUUGCCCAGAGUGCAUUACGCGAUUGCACAAAAUCUCUUGCUGAAAGUUAUGAUCCAAAAUAUGGUGGAUUUGGUUCUGCCCCCAAGUUUCCCCGGCCAUCCGAGCCUCAAGCAAUGAUAUAUGAGUCAAAGAAAUUGUGGGAUUUAGGAAAAACAAGUGAAGCUGAACAACAUCUGAAAAUGGUGUCAUUUAGCUUGCAAUGCAUGGCAAGAGGUGGUGUCCAUGAUCAUGUUGGUGGUGGCUUUCAUCGUUACAGUGUAGAUGAAUGCUGGCAUGUUCCACAUUUUGAGAAGAUGUUGUAUGAUCAAGGUCAACUUGCCAAUGUGUAUCUUGAUGUUUUCUCUAUCACGAAAGAUGUGUUCUACUCUUGUGUUGCACGUGAUAUUCUUGAUUAUUUGAGGAGAGACAUGAUUGGACCCAAUGGUGAAAUCUUUUCUGCUGAGGAUGCUGAUAGUGCUGAAUCUGAAAACUCUACUAAGAAAAAAGAAGGCGCUUUUUACGUGUGGAGUAACAAUGAGGUUGAUGACAUAGUUGGCGAGCAUGCGAGUCUUUUUAAGGAGCAUUACUACAUCAAGAAAUCAGGAAACUGUGAUCUUUCUUCAAGGAGUGAUCCAGACAAGGAAUUCAAAGGGAAAAAUGUACUCAUUGAAAGAAACAAUGCAGACACAAUCGCAUCAAAAUAUGGUAUUCCACUGGAGAAUUAUCACCAAAUUCUCGGUGCAAGUCGUAAAAAACUUUUUGAUGCAAGAUCAAAACGCCCUCGACCCCAUCUUGAUGACAAGGUCAUUGUAUCUUGGAAUGGGCUUGUAGUUUCAUCGUUUGCUAGAGCAUCCAAGAUCCUCAAGAACGAACCUGAUGUAACAAAAUUCAACUUUCCUGUUGCUGGAACUGAUCCACAGGAGUACAUGGAGGUUGCAAAAAGAUCUUUGGAGUUCAUAAAGGAAAAUCUUUACAACCCCCAAUCUAGAAGGCUGCAACACAGUUUCAGGAAAGGACCUUCAAAAGCUCCAGGAUUCUUGGAUGAUUAUGCAUUUUUGAUUUCAGGGUUGUUAGAUGUGUAUGAGUAUGGUGGUGAGAUUUCAUGGUUAUCCUGGGCAGUUGAACUUCAAGAAACACAAGAUGAGGUGUUCCUUGACAAAACUGGAGGUGGUUAUUUUAACACCACAGGAGAAGAUGAUUCGGUUCUUCUCCGUGUGAAGGAAGACCAUGAUGGGGCAGAACCUUCCGGAAACUCUGUUUCAGCAAUAAAUCUCGUGAGGCUCGCGUCCAUGUUCACUGGGGAAAGAUCCGAUCGUUAUAAGCAAAAUGCUGAACAUCUUUUGGCGGUUUUUGAGAAGAGAUUGAAGGAAGCCCCGGUGGCUGUUCCAUUAAUGUGUUGUGCUGCUGAUAUGCUUGUGGUUCCUUCAAAGAAACAAGUUGUCUUGGUGGGGAAGAAAGCAUCUCCUCAGAUGGAACACAUGCUUGUCUCAGCUCAUGCAUCUUAUGAUCCUAACAAAACCGUGAUACAUAUAGAUCCGAGUGAUGAAGAAGAGAUGGGAUUUUGGGAGGAGAAGAACCCGAAUAUUUCUGCAAUGGCAAAGAGCAAUGCUGUAGCAGAAAAUGUGGUGGCUCUUGUUUGUCGGGAUUUUGCAUGUAAAGCUCCUGUUAUGGAUCCCAAAUCACUUGGAGCUUUACUUUUGUCAGGGAAAGCUUAGGUGUGUAAUCACUAAUCAGUAAUGUUUGUGUAUUUAUAGAGGUCAAUAAAAGGUUUGUGUAUAAUGCUACUACAGUGUUGAUAAGAUAUGUGUUAUGUUAUUAUGGCUUAGUAGGAACCAACAGUGAUAGAUUUUAUUGAUAUCUUAAAUACUUGAUCGCCAAU